AUGAGUACUGCUGACGAGAUCGUGAAUCGCCGUCUAGCUAUUGAUCUUGCUCCAUGUGAUGAACGUGUCUCUAUAUUUACUUCGAUUAAACGUUUCUUCUUAGAUCGAAAGAGAGUACAUUUACAAAUACGUGCUUUUCUCAAACUCACGCUUGCAGAUGCUCGAUCUUCUAAAGCGACGUACGCUUUAAAUUUUCUUGCUGUUUUUUUUGUGGUGUUUUUCUGUGUUGUUAUGAUGUCUACUUUAUUUAAUUUACCUGUUCUCUUCCUUCGCCUGGGAGAGGCAAAGGAUGGACAAAAUGAUCUUGUUAUUACCCCUGGAGGAGAAAUAAAAUCUGCCGCUUCAUUUAAUUAUUCCGUUAUUGAAGAUAUAUUUCCUGAAACUGAUACUUCACGUGGUUAUCAUGCACCUCGUAUAAAGUUCACAUCGGAAAUUAUUAAUUUCGCAACUUGUGAAGGAGUGGAGAACCCAACAGAUUUGUGGUUGGAUAAAGACGGGAAAGUUUGUCCAGAUGGAUGUAUAUAUGAUAAGUGUAAUGCCGGUUUGGUUCGUCAGAUACUUUUGGCUAUUAAUCAGGAAAAAGAAUACCGAAUGGGAUUUGGUUCUCAAUGGAAAGCCCCAGAAAUUGGAAAAGGAGAAGUGAUCCUUUCUAAAAGUGUGGCUAUUGCUGCUAAUGAUACAAAGGUAGGAGAUACAGUUUUACUUUAUGUAGAUGUUGGGACAGUCCUUAGAGAAGUCUUUAGACAUGUUCAUAUAAGUUCUAGAAAAAGGAAACCAACGAUAAUGCCAAUGAAAGUUGUAGGAAUUGUAAGUUCCGAUACAACUAAAUUUAAUGUUGAAGAUUUUGUGGUAAUGAAUUAUAAUUAUACACUUGAAUCGGUUGCAGAAGGUUUAGAUCCAAAUGUUGCGAGUUGGGAUCGAGAAGCAAUUGCUAAUAUGGAUCCAAGGUGUUGUGCGACAACGGUUCAUUUUAAUAUGAAUCCAAAUGUACGAGUAGAUAUGUAUAAAAGUACAGAUUAUGAAGUUAUUCGAAGACGUGUUUCUUCAUGGGUUUCUAGUAUUGUGUAUCCUUUAGGAUUUAAUCAAUUAUCAGUGGAUACACCUAUUAUUGGAUUUUUACACAGUGUAAGAUUUUUUUCACUAUUUGUAGGACUUAUUGUAUCUCUCAUUUUAUUAGGUUUGGCUUUUUUAAGUCUUAUACUUAUAUAUUCACUUCUUAAUUUAAGUGUAGAGAGACGUAUUCAUGAGACUGGAAUAAGAAGAAUGAUUGGUUUUUCACGAGAAAAUUUGGUACUUAUGUUAUUAACAAAUGUUUAUUUCUUUACCAUACCUGCUUGGAUUGCAGGACUUGUUGUAGGACAAUUGGCUUAUUUAGGUUUACGUACUAUUAUUAGUGAUCUCAUUUAUGUUAAAUUACCUGUUUUAAUACCAGGAAGUUCUAUUGGAUGGGCAACUUUUGCCGGUUUAUCACUUCCCCUUAUUGGAGCUAUUUUUCCUCUUUUAUCUCUUUUAUCCAAUAAUCUUUCAGAAGCUUUGAGUACGACUCGUGGACGAAAUGUUGGGGUAAAGUAUAAAAUUGUUCGAGCCUCAGAUGCAAAUAGAAUAAAUUAUAGACUUCUUUUUAUAGGAUUUGCAUUUGCUAUUUUUGGUUUUUUACUUUAUUACUUUUUCCCUAUUGCGAUGGUACAAAUGCAAUUGAAUUUAUUAUUCAUCAUUUUCUUUGGUAUUUUAAUUGGAAUGCUUACGGGAUUAGUUAUGUUAGCUCUUAAUUUUGAGUGUGUCUUACAGACUUGCGUAUUAUACUUGUUUUUCUUCUGGGAAAAAUAUGCGGUUUUUAACGCUGUUCAUAAAUUUCUAACCUCACACCGAAGAAGAAAUCGUAAAACUACUAUGAUUUAUGCAUUUUCCCUUGGAUUUACUAUAUUUAUUGCUAUUGCCUUUCAAGUUCAAUUAAAAUCAUUUCAUUACGGUACUCAACAAGAAAUGGGAGCUGAAGUCACAAUAACUCUAGAUACUUUUGAUUUAAUUGGUCUUGGUAAGAUGGCAUUAUAUAUUAGACAAUCUAUACCCGAGGUUAAAGAAAUAACUUAUGUGGCUCGUAGUAUUAUACUUAAUUUACCUAUACAAAAUGUUACCUUAUCUUCACCAGGUCGAUAUAGUGUAGUUGAAACCAAUGGUCUUCGUGCAGUUCCACCUAAUUAUUUAGAAGUUCUUAAUAAAGAAUUUUUACAUGUUUAUAAAUAUGAUAAAUUAAGUGGACAAUAUUCUAUUUCUGGUUCUCUUUAUACAGGUCCAAGAAAUCGAGUUAUUAUCUCAACUUCAGCUUAUAAUGCGCUUCAUUGUGAAUCUAUUGAAGAUCCAAUAUUACUUGUUACUGCGUUAAUAAAAAAUUAUAGUAUUCAUUUGGCAAAAAAAAUACGUUUUUAUAUUAAACCAUCUGCAGUAUUAAGUAGUAUUUCUCAAGUUUCAAUGUCUGAUUUUAAAAAUACAAAUAUAGAUUUGUUAGCUUCAUAUCCUGUAGCUGCACGUUUUACUGGAAUAGAUUUUUUAGGUAUUCGUGGUAUUGCAGUGGAAUCCGUAAGUCUUCGUAUACCUAAUCCUAAAGAUGUUAUUCCUGUUUCUCUAGAAAUGAAAAAAUAUUUAAGACAUAAUGGUUUAGAAAAAUCUAAUGUUCGUGAUGAUGCAACUGUUUUAACAUAUUUAGCUUUAGCUGAUCGUACUAUUGGUUUUUUCUUUACUUUUACAGAAAUAGUAACACUACUUAUAUGUUUUUCUUCCCUUUUUGGUAGUAUGAGUGCAAAUGUAUUGGAAUCUUCUAAAGAGAUUGGUAUUUACCGUUGUAUUGGUAUGACUAAACCUCAAAUAUACCGAAUAUUUAUCUGGGAAGCUUUUGUUCUCGUUAUUGUUGGUAGUAUUAUGGGUGUUAUUAUUGGAAUGAUUGUGGGUUAUAGUAUGCAACUUCAAAAUCAUCUCUUUACACAAUUACAUUUGCCUUUUUCGUUUCCUUACGUACAACUGAUUAUUGUUUUUGGUACGGCUGUGGGAGCAGCUGUUGCGGCCAGUUUUGGUCCAGUGUCCUUUCUGAUGCGUCUUCCAUCUAUUACUCAUAUACUUCGUCGUAUUCUUUAA